AUGUCUAUUUGUAAUACCCAAAGGGUUAUAGUGGUUGGGGCAGGCAUCACUGGAUUAACUACUGCUUUUGAAUUAUCUAAACAGGGCUACAAAGUUAUACUUAUUUCUAAAUGCUUUCCAACUGAUGAAAAAUACUCUUAUGAAUAUGCUUCUGCUUGGGCUGGUGCUCAUUUUACUCCUGUUCCCACCUACUCUGAAAAAGAUGUUCUUGAGAUGAAAUUGAACAGAACAACAUAUAGAUAUUUCAAAGAGCUAGCAGAGGAGUUUCCAGAAUCAUCAGUCAAAUUUGUUAAAGGAAUACAUUAUCUUGAAGAGCCUUUAUCAGCAUACUAUAGUGAAACUAAUGCUGGAUAUAAUUCAUCUAAUCUAGAAAACUUCAAAACAUUAUCUCCUGAGAUAAUCCCAUUUGAUGACAUCAAAUUUGGAUGUGAAUAUGAUUCGUGGGUUGCAAAUGCUCCUCAUUUACUAAAAUUCCUUUUUAAUCGUCUAAGAAUCUUCUACAAUGUCAAGGCUUUCCAGUUGGAUGUUAUGUCAAUUAGACAAAUUUUUGAAGCUUCACACUGUUUUAGUGGGUUGCAUGAUAUCUUGGGUGUUAUUAACUGUACUGGAAGAGGACUACAAUAUGAUGGUGGAUAUGAUUCAGACACCUUUUUUGUUCGAACUCAGACCAUAAAUAUCUCAAAACCCAUUUGUCCAAAUAUCUCUACGAUUCCAUAUUACAAGAAAACAGUUAUAAUUCAACUUAAAGAUGGAUCAUCGGUUUAUGUUAUUGAAAGACCUAUUGAUGGAGGAUUUUCCAUUGGUGGUAGCAGGCAAAUCAAUGAUUUUUGUCCAUUUGCAAGAGAAGCUGAAACUCGCGAAAUAAUUGAAAAUGCCAAAAAAUAUUUCAAAGAACUUUUGAAUGCAGUGGGGGAAUUUGAUAUCAAGAAAGUCAAUGUUAGUAUCAGAGCAGUUAGAAAAGGAGGGUUAAAAUUAUCAAAAGUUCUAAUCAAAGAACAAGGCAAUAAAUUUUUGAUCGAUGCAUAUGGAGCAGGAGCAAUGGGUUACGAAUUGUCAUUUGGAAUUGCUGAAAAGGUAGUUGAAAUGGUCAAUGACAAAUAUGAGAAUAUAUCUGCUAAGUUUUAG